CAAGGGUCGUACGCACAUAAAAUGGGGAGUUGAUCUCAUACUUUCCAGCCGUUUGUGUGAGACAGGUGAGACCACAGCUCUCUCUCUUUCUCUCUCUCUCUGUCUUCAGAGAACCAGACCAACCGGGCCCCUGGCAUCCACCAUGGUCAUGCUUCGUUCACUGAUAUGGUCGGCCUUGGUAAUCCCAAGCCUUCAAGCCCCCCAGGGGCAUGAUGGCUUUGGUUCGGGCCAGGGAAAGGGCAAGGUUGCUCCCGUUAAGCGGAUCUCACUCGGUCCUCGGCCGUACUGGCUUGUUGACAAGAUGGACGACGGCCCGCUGAAGCAGAAGCUCGCUUCGUGCUCCGAGAAGGAGAUGAAGAGGAGCGACUGGAGCAUAUCGCACCGCGGCGGCGGGACGUUGCAGUUUCCGGAGCAUACCUACUCGUCCAUCAUGGCUGGGACAAGAAUGGGGGCCGGGAUCCAAGAGUGCGACGUCACCUUCACCAAAGACAAGCAGCUUGUGUGCCGCCAUUCUCAGUGCGACCUCCACACCACCACCAACGUGGUGACCAUCCCCGAGCUGAACGCCAAAUGCACCGUCCCGUUCCAGCCGGCCUCCAACGGCACCGCGGCCAAGGCCAAGUGCUGCACCUCCGACUUCACCGUGGACGAGCUCAAGCGGAUGUGCGCCAAGAUGGACUCCUCGAACCCGGCCGCCGCCACGCCGGCUGAGUUCGUGGGCGGCACCCCGGCCUACAGGACGGACCUGUACGCCAAGACGACGUGCGAGCGGAUCCUGACGGUGCGCGAGUACAUCGACCUCGUCGACGGCCUGGGGCUCAAGUUCACCGCCGAGCUCAAGACGCCCGAGGUGCCCAUGCCCUUCCCGCCGGGCGGCGACUACACGCAGGCCCGGUUCGCGCAGCAGCUGGUGGACGAGUUCAAGGCGGCCAAGAUCGGCCCGGAGCGCGUCUGGCUCCAGUCCUUCCUCUACGACGACCUCCUCUACUGGAUCAAGGCCGAGCCCGAAUGGGCCCGGCAGGCCAUCCUGCUCGACGAGAGCGCCACCACGCCGGAGGCCAUGCCGCAGGCGGUGGCGCGGCUCGAGGAGUACGCCCGGGCGGGAGUCCGGAUCAUCGGGCCGCCGCUGCCGUACCUGGUCACCGUCGGGGACGACGGCGAGAAGAUCGUCCCGAGCGCGUACGCGCGGAGGGCCAAGGAGCUCGGGCUCGACAUCAUCACCUGGACCCUGGAGCGCAGCGGCUGGCUGGGCGACGGGUCCCAUGGCGGCUACUACUACCUCAGCAUCGCCAACGUCACGGACAGCGAGGGGGACGUGUACAACCUGCUGCACGUGCUGGCCCAGGACGUCGGCGUGCGCGGCGUCUUUUCGGACUGGAGCGCCACCGUCACCUACUAUGCCAACUGCUUCGGUCUCAUGUUGAGUCGAUGACAUGGCCUCGAAGAGGACUAAUGCGAACGAGCCUUUCGUCAUAUACCUUGAUAAUCUAAUUUAGAUGCAGUAGACGAGACAGGAAGGUUGGGUUUGGCUGCUCAGGUCCCCUAAUAGUUUACUUGAGGUGCUGCACCUUACAUAAUUAAGGCAGGG